UGUUUAAAAUGCAUACUAAUAAACAAUCGCUAUUUACAAACAUGGAUACCUUUAACAUUGAAUGCAAUAAUGUACAUAAACGACGAGAUUGAUAUUUGUAAAAAUGAGUACACGUAAUGGACUAAAUUAUCUUAAACUAGCCGUAAUUCUUGGAAUUUCUAGAGUUUUCAUUUCAGAAGUGACUACUGCUGAAUAUUGCACACGGUUUUGCGAAUAUGGCUGUUGUGGAAACAGUUGCUGUCCAGACAAGCGUGCUAUUGCUGUGGGGUCCAUCUUUGGUGGACUAGCAUUCAUCUUCUUAAUUGUUGUGUUAUGUAUAAUUUGCAUGGGGUAUGUAAAAAAGAAGUCAAGGAAGGACAGAAUGAAGAUAUCUCACGCGGAACAGGAGGCACAGACAAUAAAUACACUUAAUGAAACAAGAACAAUCAACAUGGAGAGUAGUACCUGUACAGUAAUUAUCAAUUUGAAAAAUAGAAAGAAAGCCGUAGUAAAAGUGAAUAGUGAUAGAAUGUCAAUAUUGACAGAAGAAGAUGUUGAUGUUCAAACGAAGGUAUUGGGAGACAAACCUUUGACACCACAACCAUUACCUGCAGCAUUAUUGAGAAAAGCUGAGGUUGCGAAGGGAGGUGAAUAAAAGACGGCAAAAUAUUGCAAGAAACUCUGGAAAAAGCUCAUCCAAGAACUUAUCAUCUUUCCGUUAUAAAGUCAUAAACCAUAAAAGUUAGAUAAAACCUACACACGUAUGAUGUUGUCAACUAUCAUUUGGUCAUCUGUAAAAGGAUAUGAACGGAUUGGCAGUCUGAGCAUCGUAUACAAGAAUUUAUGAACUCAAGUAUCACAGAUGCAUUUAUCCAAUUGUACAGAUAUUGAAUCUAAUGUACAUUUACACGUAUGAACUACAUUUGUCUUUUUUUAUUGAUAUUUAUUACCUAGUAUAUUAUUCAUAAUUUCAAGUAAAUUAUUUUAAAUAUUCUUCCAGUCUGCUAUGACGUAGUUUUGAAAUGAAUAAUUGUAUGUUGUCACUAUAUUCGUGUAUGUGUUAUCUUAAUUCAAAUUUAAUAUAAUAUAUUGUACCGUGUUGUGUUGAGAGGGCUUCCAUCAACAUAACCUGUUGCUGAUUUAAAUCCAAUGUAUUUUAAUAAAAUAUUGUUUAAACUAUAUAUUACUCUCAGUAUACUUAUCUUUACUUGGUUUAUAAUAGUGUCUACAUAAAUAUAUUUUUCUUUAACUUUCUGUAAUAGCUAGUAUGCAGAAAUCUGAUUUUGUAGCUAUAGUGUAUGAUAGUGUAUUUUACCACAGUGUAUGAUAAUAUUUUACCACAGAACAAUAUUUUUGAGUACAGUGGAAUAUAAAAAAGUAGCUUGAUGAGGUUCCGAUUUGUCAAGGUGCUGAUUUGUCUUGAUACUGAACUGUCUUUCUUGGGUGCCGAAAUGUUUUUGUCGCAGUGCCAAAGUGUCUAGAAUUCGUCCAUGUUAUUCCGCAGUCCGCGGACUAAGGAAAUGAGAGGGAAAAACACCCAUUCUUCUCACUCUGAGAUCAUCAGUCUAUGUUCUUUGUUCUUUGUUUUAAAUUAUACAAACACAAUCAAUCGUUUUAAAUUAUACAAACAUUUCAGAAAAAUAAAGUGCGAUAUGAACAAAUUUCAGACAUGGCUGAAUAAAAUUCUGUUUUACUCCCAUUUCCACUGAUCGCAGACUGCGGAUUAAACCUCUUGUUGUCGCUAAUUAAAUAUGGUUGCAUUCAUAUCCAUGCCAGGAAAUACAGAAACUGGACGUCAUAUAUCCAAUUUUGACGGCAUUCGACAUAUGACGUCACGCCCUGAUGAUAUUAAAUUGGAGACCUAUUGAAGAAAAACAUUUUACUCUACAUUCUUCGGUGUUUUAUUUGAAAGAGAUGUGGUAAUGAAAGUGCCUGCAUAAAUUAAAUAUAUGGGCACAUGUGUCCCUCUGGUGGUAUCCGACAUUGUCGUCUUCUGAAAUUUCAAGCGGAUAACAACUGAGGAGUUCUGAAAACAGUCUAAAUAUGUUCCGAAAGGGGUGUGAUACGGGGUAUGCGAUACGGGUUAAGCUAUGAGAUGGGGAUAUGCGAUACAGAAUAGAUGAUACAGACUGGAGAAAAGAACCUUUAUUAAAUAUACAAAAUGUCUGUAUUUAGUACUAAAUAAAUGAUAAAUAUAUAUAUCGUGGAUAGGAUGUUAUUUUUUGUGUAAUUUUGUCUGUUUGAAGUUGUGCUAAAAUAAAGUAACGAUCUAGACUAAA